CUUUCCAGAGGCUGAUGUGACACAGCUUUUUCUCUCUGUGUGGAGCUCCAGCUGAAGGACCCAUCAGAGACCAGACCCUGCUGAACCUGAUCCUGAACCCAACUGUGUGUCCAUGAAGAGUCACCGGUCCAUGGAGACACCACUUCUUUAAAAAAAGACCUGUAAGGGAGAGGAGAAUAGAAAUGGAGGAGAGGCUGCUUGAACUGGAGGAGAGAGGAUUAAUGGAGAGACUUGAAUGGCAGAAGGAGAGAAUAACAAUGGAAAAGGAAAUUGAAAUGUUAAGAAGAAGAUUGAGGACCCAGCAGAGACCAGAGUCUCCUGAACCUGGACCUGAACCUGAACCUGAAUCUGGACCUGGACCUGAACCUGAACCUGGACCUGAACCUGGACCCAGCUGUGUGUCCUUUAAGAGUGACCAGUCAAAAGUGGAUGUGAUUAAUUUUAAACAGAGACAUCCAUCUGACAGAAAGACCCAGCAGAAACCAGAGUCUCCUGAACCUGAACCUGGACGUGGACCUGGACCUGGACCUGAACCCAGCUGUGUGUCCUUUAAGAGCGACCAGUCAAAAGAGUUUUUUAUUGAAUUUAAACAGAGACAUCCAUCUGACAGAAAGGUGGACCAGGAGAGCUCAGAGGUUCCCAGUGGUCAGUCUUACCAGCAGCAUCAAACACACCUGGACUCCAUAUUUAUGCUGCUGGAGGAAAACAUCGUCACUUUUGUGAAGAACGAGCUGAAGAAGAUCCAGAAGGUUCUGAGUCCAGAUUACCCAGAAUGCUCAGAGAGUAAGAGGGAGAGUGAGGAUGAAGAGCAGAGGAGCAGAGACGCAUUUCUGAAGAUCACACUGGACUUCCUGAGGAGAAUGAAGCAGGACGAGCUGGCUGACCGUCUGCAGAGCAGAAGUCGUUCUGGAGUUUGUAAGCGUAAACUUAAAUCUAACCAGCAGAAGAAGUUCCAGUGUGUGUUUGAGGGGAUUGCUAAAGCAGGAAACCAAAACCUUCUGAAUCAGAUGUUCACUGAGAUCUACAUCACAAAGGGAGGGACUGCAGAGGUCAAUGAUGAACAUGAGGUCAGACAGAUUGAAACAGCAUCCAGGAAACCAGACAGACCAGAAACAACAAUCAGACAAGAAGACAUCUUUAGAGCCCAACCUGGAAGAGAUGAACCAAUCAGAACUGUGAUGACAAAGGGAGUGGCUGGCAUCGGGAAAACAGUCUUAACACAGAAGUUCACUCUGGACUGGGCUGAAGACAAAGCCAACCAGGACAUCCAGUUCACAUUUCCAUUCACUUUCAGAGAGCUGAAUGUGCUGAAAGAGAGAAAGUACAGCUUGGUGGAACUUGUUGAUUACUUCUUUAGUGAAACCAAAGAAGCAGGAAUCUGCAGGUUUGAAGAGUUCCCGGUUGUGUUCAUCUUUGACGGUCUGGAUGAGUGUCGACUUCCUCUGGACUUCCUCAACACUAAAAUCCUGACUGAUGUUACAGAGUCCACCUCAGUGGGUGUGCUGCUGACAAACCUCAUCAGGGGGAAUCUGCUUCCCUCUGCUCACCUCUGGAUAACCACACGACCUGCAGCAGCCAAUCAGAUCCCUCCUGGGUGUGUUGACAUGGUGACAGAGGUCAGAGGGUUCACUGACCCACAGAAGGAGGAGUACUUCAGGAAGAGAUUCAGAGAUCAAGAGCAGGCCAACAGAAUAAUCUCCCACAUCAAGACAUCACGAAGCCUCCACAUCAUGUGCCACAUCCCAGUCUUCUGCUGGAUCACUGCUACAGUUCUGGAGGACGUGUUGAAGACCAGAGAGGGAGGAGAGUUGCCCAAGACCCUGACUGAGAUGUAUAUCCACUUCCUUGUGGUUCAGUCCAAAGUGAAGAACAUCAAGUAUGAUGGAGGAGCUGAGACAGAUCCACACUGGAGUGGAGACACCAGGAAGAUGAUCGAGUCUCUGGGAAAACUGGCUUUUGAGCAGCUGCAGAAAGGCAACCUGAUCUUCUAUGAAUCAGAUCUGAGAGAGUGUACCAUCGAUAUCAGAGCAGCCUCAGUGUACUCAGGAGUGUUCACACAGAUCUUUAAAGAGGAGAGAGGACUGUACCAGGACAAGGUGUUCUGCUUCGUCCAUCUGAGUGUUCAGGAGUUUCUGGCUGCUCUUCAUGUCCAUCUGACAUUCACCAACUCUGGAGUCAACCUGCUGUCAGGAGAACAAACAACAUCAAUACAGUUCUACCAGAGUGCUGUGGACAAGGCCUUACAGAGUCCAAAUGGACACCUGGACUUGUUUCUCCGCUUCCUCCUGGGUCUUUCACUGCAGACCAAUCAGAAUCUCCUACGAGGUCUGCUGACACAGGCAGGAAGUAGCUCAGAGACCAAUCAGGAAACAGUGGAGUACAUCAAGAAGAAGAUCAGUGGGAAUCUGUCUGCAGAGAGAAGCAUCAAUCUGUUCCACUGUCUGAAUGAACUGAAUGAUCGUUCUCUAGUGGAGCAGAUCCAACAGGCCAUGAGAUCAGGAAGUCUCUCCACAGAUAAACUGUCUCCUGCUCAGUGGUCAGCUCUGGGCUUCAUCUUAUUGUCAUCAGAAGAAGAUCUGGACGUGUUUGACCUGAAGAAAUACUCUGCUACAGAGGAGGCUCUUCUGAGGCUGCUGCCAUUGAUCAAAGCCUCCAAAAAAGCUCUACUGAGUGGCUGUAACCUGUCAGAGAGAAGCUGUGAAGCUCUGUCCUCAGUUCUCAGCUCCCAGUCCUCUAGUCUGAGAGAGCUGAACCUGAGUAACAACAACCUGCAGGAUUCAGGAGGGAAGCUGAUCUCUGUUGGACUGAAGAGUCCACACUGCACACUGGAGACUCUCAGAAUGAGUGGCUGUAACCUGUCAGAGAGAAGCUGUGAAGCUCUGUCCUCAGUUCUCAGCUCCCAGUCCUCUAGUCUGAGAGAGCUGGAUCUGAGUAACAACGACCUACAUGAUUCAGGAGGGAAGCUGAUCUCUGUUGGACUGAAGAGUCCACACUGCACACUGGAGACUCUCAGGGUGGAGCCUGCUGGAGUCAGAUGGUUGACACCAGGUCUGAGGAAGUAUUCCUGUGAACUCACACUGGACACAAACACAGUGAACAGAAACCUCAAACUGUCUGACAACAACAGGAAGGUGACAUUAGUGAAGGAGGAUCAGCCAUAUCCUGAUCAUCCAGAGAGGUUUGACUACUGGUAUCCUCAGCUGCUGUGUAGAGAUGAUCUGACUGGUCGCUGUUACUGGGAGGUUGAGACGAGAGGAGGGGUUGAUAUAUCAGUGAGUUACAGAGGAAUCAGGAGGAGAGGAGACAGUGGUGACUGUGUGUUUGGAUAUAAUGAUCAGUCCUGGAGUCUGUUCUGCUCUGAUGGUCGUUACUCUGUCUGUCACAAUAAGAGGGUAACACCCAUCUCCUCCUCCUCUGUCUCUGGUAGAGUAGCAGUGUAUGUGGACUGUCCUGCUGGCUCUCUGUCCUUCUACUCAGUCUCCUCUGACUCACUGAUCCACCUCCACACCUUCAACACCACAUUCACUCAGACUCUCUAUCCUGGGUUCUUGUUCAGGUCUCCUGGUUCCUCAGUGUCUCUGAGUUCUCUGUAGGACGGAGAGUCUCCUCCUGUUUCUCACUGCUGAUCAGUUGAGUCUGUACAGGAUCACACUUACAUUGUAAAUUAAGUGUGACUGUGGUUGUAAAAAUUGUAUAUUUUGAUGUUUUGUAUUUCACUGGCGUGGAAUUGUAAUUAUUUUCCUGACCUGCCGAGGGACUACGGGAGGAAAAUAUCACUUGUGCUACAACCCGGUACAAUGCAUCUCUCCUUGUUUUUAUACAAGGUUAUGUUAACUUGAGCAUUGUCCCUGUUUAAAUAAAUAACUUCUAAAUUCUCCAGAAAUCUUUCAGGUUAUUGUUAUGAACUAAUGAAUGAACUGAACUUUUACUGCAGUAACAUGUCAUCAAUGGGACAGAACAGCUGUUUGAUUGGGUCUGUUGGAGGUUUGAUUCACUCCCACAUUAAUAUGUUGGUGGAGAAGGUCUGUCUGUCUGUCUGUCUGUCUGUCUGUCUGUCUGUCUGUCUGUCUGCCUGCCUGUCUGCCUGCCUGU